UUUAACACUUAGGUUUAAAAAUGUUUUUUGUCUAUAUAGUGAACGCAAUAAAAUCAACAAUCAACAAUAUUUGUAUAUUAUGUGCGAAUUGAGUUUGCAAAUAUUGCUUCAUUGCCGUUCCAAAUGGUGUCAUUAAAAAUGAAAAUUUCAUACAAAUUUAUGUUGCUGCUAUUUGCAGCCAUUAUUUUGCAAACAACAUCUACAUCAAUAUUAUCAUCAUCAUCAUCAUCAUCAUCAUCAUUGAUUAAUACAACAACUGAAUCUAAUCAUAAUAAUCAUCAUCGUUAUGAAGACAAUAGUAAUUAUUAUAUAAUCGAUAAUAAUGAAAAUUUUACUACGCCCUUAUCGACAUCUAUUUAUCCAAUGUCGGAAACAUCGACAUCUACUACUACUCCUACAACGAUGACAACAACAACAACAACAACAACAAUGAAAAAUCCUGUGAAUAAAGAUCUUGAUAUUGAAGAAUCAAAAAAUUAUAAUCCAGAUAAUAAUAAUAAUGUUUCAAAUAAUCAACAAUUGGAUAAAACUAUAAUUAGUAUUCAUAAUAAUAAUUCCAGUGGAAAAUGGUCACCACAAUUGAUUAGUAGUGAUCAUAAAUUAAUGUCGGAACUGUCAUCACAACCAUCAUUAUCAUCACCAUAUUCUAAACCAUUCCAUCAUUAUUAUCAUCAUCAACAACAACAACAACAACAACAUAAUGAUAACAAUCAACAAUCAUCUGAUUAUUAUUCCAAUCAUCAUUGGCCAUCUGUACAGGUUAUAAUAGAAGAUAAUAAUGAAAUCCGAUUGACCAGUAAUAAUAAUCAUCAUCAUAGUGAUCAUAAUAAUCAUGAUGAUGAUGUUGUUGUUGAUAAUGAUUAUUAUAAAAAACUUUCACAAGAUGAAAGCUAUCAACAUUUUAGACAGGAUACAAUGAAAACUACGAAUGAUAAUAAUGAUGGCUUUAAUAUUGAUGUGAAAAAAAAUAAUAAUCUGGAUCAAAAAAGUCAACCACAGCUUCAGCAGCAGCAGCAUAAGGAACAAUCACAAGAGAAUCCGUUUGCCAAUUUUUUCAAAAAUCUCAAUGAAGAUUUUCUCAACGAAUUCAAUUCAAUCGAUUUUAAUCGUAAUCAUAAUAGUCAUUAUCAACAACAACAACAACAACAAUCCAGUAGUAGUAGUAAUAUUGAUCCAUUACAAUACUUGGAUGAUGAUUAUAAUAACAAUUCCUUACAAAAUGAAUCAAAUGUCAAAAUGUUAAAAAGUAUUCAACAUCCAACAAGAUAUUUGACACCGAAAUUAGUUAGUCCAAGUAAAAUACCUGAUGUUUAUAUGCCCAAUAUUCAACAAGAUUCGCCAUCACUAUCAUCGUUUCCUAAAAAACAACAAGAAACAGAUAAUCAAAUGGAUUUUAAUGGUCUAAAAAAUGAAUUCACCGAUGAAUAUCAUUCACCAGAAAAAUCAUUAAUUGUACCGGUUGGUGCACGUGUACAUGUUGUUCGUGAUUCUAAUCAACCACAAUCAUCCAGUAUUGUAAGCAAAUUAGAUUAUAAUAAAAAUGAACCAUAUAAACCAAGUGUUAUUGAAUUGCCAAGUAGUCAACCUGUAUUGCCAAUCGUAUUCAAUUUCAAAACAAAAUUAUCACCUGUUAUAACGAAAACUACACAUAAAUCAUCUCCACAAUCAUCUAGUGUACAAUAUUUUGAGACACAUGAACCACCACAUUAUCGUGAACAUAUUGUACAUAAACCCAUUUUUCAGGAUUUUAAAGAGAUUAUUGUACCAUAUCGUGUUUACGUACAGGAAAUACAACCUGUUAGUGAAUUUCGUCAUACAAUAGCUUCAACAACAAAUCCUAAAGCAACGAAAAUGUCCACAUCAUCGCCGAUGAAUCCAUAUAGUUCAUCAUUAUCAUUAUCAUCACCAUCAUCGGUUACUACAAAUGAAAAUCCGAAUCCAUUCCAACAUUUCAUUAAUCAACAUCAUCAUUAUAACCACCAACAUCGUCCACGUCAGUAUCAUCAUUCUUAUCUGCCACAUAAACGUCCAUAUUAUCAUUCAUAUAAUCAUUUUAAUCAACUACCUAUGGAUUAUAAUCCAUUUUUAGCAGCCGCAUCAUCAUCAACACCUCAUAUGGAAAUGAGCCAUUUGACAAAAUUACCUGUUUAUGCACCGAUUGAAUUCAAUCCUACACAUACAAUUCAUUCUCCACAUCAUCAUCAUUGGGAUCAUAAUCAUGAUCAUCAUUUGGUUCCAAUUUUUGGUAAUUCACAACAAAUUCCUGAAGUCAUUGAUUUUACAACUGCAACUAAUUUAUUAUCGGAAAAUAUUUAUAGUACACCACAUGGGAUAGAUACAGCUGUAUCGAAUUAUCAGAAAUCAAAACCAACAAAACAUAUAAACAAUUUUAAUCAUUUUAAUUUUUAAAUAUUUUUUUGCAUCAUAGUUUUUUUUGAAAUUUCAUUAAUAAUUAUUGUUGUCAUAUAGCAAAAAAAAGCUGC